AACCAUAGAAGUUAAGUAAACCUACAUUUCUAUUUUAAAAGUAAUCAGUUGCUACACUCCUUUUUCUUGCUACUACUAUAGUUCUAAUUAAGAAGAAAAACCAUAAGCUAGAAGCAUCUUUAGAGUACCACUAUAAUGGAAUAUCAUCAUCUUCAUCAAGAAUUCUCCAUCUCUAGUUCUUCUUCUACAACUUCCUCAUCAUUUACAAGUUCUUCUAAUUGCUUAAAUUCUCCUUCAACCACCACAUCUUCUACUUCUACUUCAUCAUCUUCUUCCCAUGAGGGCAUUGCGAAAACCCCAUCAAAAGACUACUAUUGCAAAUCCAAGAAAAGCUCACUAAAAGUUCAGGAUUUCACAAAAAAUGGGAAUUGUCACAGGAAUGAGGAGAACAAGAAAAUUAGGAGAAAAAAUGAAGGUGUUGUUGAUGAAAAACAUCCAACUUAUAGAGGAGUUCGUAAGAGGAAUUGGGGAAAAUGGGUGUCCGAAAUUAGACAGCCUAGGAAAAAAUCAAGAAUUUGGCUAGGGACUUAUGCCACGGCCGAAAUGGCUGCUCGAGCUCAUGAUGUCGCGGCUUUAGCCAUCAAGGGUGACGCGGCUUACCUUAAUUUCCCUCAUUUAGCUGAUCAACUCCCCCGACCGGCCUCCACUUCCCCUAAGGACAUCCAAGCCGCAGCUGCUAAGGCUGCAACUAGCACGUCUCUCGAGGAAAAUUCCAUCAGAGAUGAAGCUGAGUCUAGCCAAUUGACCGAGCUACACAGUUCACAUUCAUCGACGAAUUUAGCCUCGGAGAACACGCAAGAAUUACUUAACUCUCCAACAAUGGACCAUGAUGACACAUUUUUCGAUCUACCCGAUCUUACUAUUGAUAGAGUGGAUCAAAAUGACCGAUAUCAGUACCCAAUUUCGACGUGGCAGCUGGCUGGAGCCGAUAGUGGAAUAUUUCGGCUCGAGGAGCCGUUUUUGUGGGAGUGCUAUUAGAGCAAAAAAUGGGAUUGUACUCUUUAGACAUGUUUCUUUUCUUUUCUUUUUUUACACUG